AUGAAUCGAGUGUUCUAUCGAGCCGCACACUCGGCCGCUGCUAGAAAAGCGCUUCUGGAGAAGGUUAUCCGAGUAGAUCAUGCUGGAGAGUUGGGAGCCGAUCGUAUCUAUGCUGGGCAAAUGGCUGUACUUCAAGGUUCCACUGUUGGUUCUGUGAUCAAGAAAAUGUGGGACGAAGAGCGUGAGCAUCUUGACACUAUGGAAAGGCUAGCUGCGAAGCAUGAUGUGCCACACACUAUUUUCGCUCCAAUAUUCAGCGUAGCAGCCUACACUGUCGGAUUUGCUUCGGCACUUCUUGGCAAAGAGGGAGCAAUGGCGUGUACAGUUGCUGUGGAGGAGUUGAUAGGACAACACUACAAUGAUCAACUAAAAGAGUUACUGGCGGACGAUCCCGAAGCUCAUAAAGAACUUUUGGAGGUACUAACAAAACUGCGUGAUGACGAACUUAAUCAUCAUGAUAUUGGCAUUAAAUAUGACGGUCUCAAGGCACCAAUGUUCGAAGUCCUGAGGUGGGUGAUCCAAACUGGAUGUAGAGGUGCAAUUUACAUCGCAGAAAGAAUCUGA